AGUGUGUGUGUGACAGAGAGAGAGUGCCACUUGCUGUGUAUUUCAACACAAAAGGCAGUACUCUUACUGUUUGGGAUUAUCUGGGGAAAGUGCUUUUGUGUACUAGGCUUUCUCUAUAUUUUUCAGGUUUCUUUUCACUUUUGUAUUGUACAAAUUACUUCUUUGUCUGUGUAGCUUUAAGCUUUAGUGUAAAAUAAAUGGGAUCUGCACACAGAAAACAAAAGAGGAGUUAAAGCCUCCCCCCCCCCAGACACUCAAACAAAGCACAGAGAAAGACAGACCCACAAGGCCAUUCUGUUAUUGCGUUAACUGAUCAUGUGUUGCCCUGCCACUUGCAGGCCUCAUCCUGCCGCACAUAUGUGUGCACCAGGACAUGCCAGGAACAGGAAACACAAGAGAGUCAGCCAUCCAAGCUUCACAGGGCCCGAAUCAGCUGAACCCAUAUUCAGCCCACCGCUGCCUCCAAAUCUCCUCCUCCUCUCCUCCGCCUGCUGGGACCAGUAGGCAGCGCAUCGCCUGCUACUGGGACCUUUCGGCAGCAGCAGCCAGCACAUGUCACUGCAUUUUCAGCACCUUUCAUAUGCAGUGCAGUGCUGUUGCCCUGCUAGGCGCCCUCCUGUGGACAAGACAGGCAAUUGAUUGUCACAACCUUGAAAGGUAUAGAGAGCAUGGAAUGCCAUGGCUGCCCCAAGUGAUGAAGAGGAUUCCAGGGAAGACUGAAAAGCACACGCGGAACAAGGUCUUGGUGCUGGUCAGCUCAGUGGGACUUAUCAUGAAUAAGGAUUUUGUGUCCUAUGAGAAACUGAAGGACCUACUCCUGGAGCUGAAGAUGACACAGGCAGAGCUCCAAAAGUACAGGAUCCUUUCCACAUCAGUUUGUGAAAAAGUUUUCGGCUUCACUCUCUAUAAGCUCCACUACGAUAUCCUUUAUCGAAUGGGGAACCCAAAACCCCAUACGGAGAAAAAGUUGCCUCCAGAUCUUCCCCUGGAGAUGGAGGAAGAGGAUGCACCUGUACUUGAAGAGGAUGAGGAACCUGACCUAUUGCAGACGAGAGCUGUGUACAUGCCCGCUCACACCAGCAGACACUGGACACAGCAGGAAGAGGGAUUUAUCAACCUUGAUCCAACAAUCUCCACUGGCGUGGCAUACAAGGAGUAUGUCGGACAAUGCAAAGCAGCAAGACUACCUGCAAGGUCGUACAAGGGCUUUGGGAGAAAGCGAAGAGACCUUCUCAGGAAUGAAUAGGCAUGCAAGUUGAUUUCCUGUUCUAAUGAUGUCCUUUUUUUAAAUUUUGACUUUAUGUUAGAACUAGCAAUUUCAAAAAAACAACAAAAAAACAACCCACCCCUCUUUCUCUUAUUUUGACUUUAUGCUUAGAACUAGCAAUUUCAACAAAAACAACA